UUUUUGGAUCAUCUUCUUGUUUUUACUGUUGCUGCUUCUAUUUGCUUUGCUGUCAUCAGAAGGAAUUCCUUGAGGUUUUCUCCUAAAGGACCCCAUACUCCACCCACAGGACUGCACUGUGAAGAGGUUUGGGAUUGUUCUUGUUCCUCAACAUUGUGGUGAAAAAUGAAUGGUCCAGCAGAUCCUUCGAGCUCACUCUUCAACUGCUCAGAUCAGUCAAAUUUCUCUUUGGAAACAUCAGAGCAAUGUGGCAAAGAGUCACACCUUGAGAACAUCCUAUUUGCCACUUUCUACUUCCUGGAUUUCAUCCUGGCUUUUAUUGGCAAUGCCCUGGCUCUUUGGCUCUUCAUCCGGGACCAAAAGUCAGGCACACCUGCUAAUAUUUUCCUGAUGCAUCUUGCGGUAGCUGAUCUAACUUUUGUGCUGGUACUGCCCACCCGGCUGGUGUACCACUUCUCUGGCAACCACUGGCCAUUUGGUGAGGUUCCCUGCAGACUCACUGGCUUUGUUUUCUACCUCAACAUGUAUGCCAGCAUCUACUUCCUCAUGUGCAUCAGCAUCGACCGCUUCCUGGCCAUUGUGCACCCAGUGAAGUCCAUUAAGCUCCGUAGGUCCCUUUACGCCCAUCUGGCAUGUGCCUUUCUCUGGGUUAUAGUUGGGGUUGCAAUGGCACCUCUGCUGCUCAGUGUGCAGACAGUUGAGAUGAAGGACACCACCAUCUGCCUGCAGCUCUACAGAGAAAAGGCCUCACGCCAUGCCCUUGUGUCCUUAGCAGUGGCAUUCACCUUCCCAUUUGUUACCACAGUGACUUGCUACUUAUUAAUCAUCCGAAGCCUGAGGAGUGGGAACAGAGUUGAGAAACACCUGAAGGAAAAAGCUAUCAAAAUGAUCCUCAUGGUGCUGAUGAUUUUUCUGAUUUGCUUUGUACCUUAUCACGUCAACCGCUACAUUUAUAUCCUCCACUACAACGGGACCAAAGCCUCCUGCGAAACCCAGCGCACUCUGGCCCUUGCCAACCGCAUCACUUCCUGCCUCACCAGCCUCAAUGGGGCCCUUGACCCAGUCAUGUAUUUUUUUGUAGCUGAGAAAUUCCGUGAGGCUUUGUGCAAUCUCUUUUGUGUCAAGAAGACUGUGGUGUUGCCUCAGACGUACGAGGGGAAGACAAAUGAAAGCUCGCUAAGUGCUAAAUCCGAACUAUGAACAUGACUCUCAUCACUGCUUGAACUUACGAACACUCUGUAGUCAGCUGAGAAUGCAAAUAGGCAGAGAGGCAGACCUGAGUCAAACUCAGCCUGUGGAGGGAAGUUCUCUUGUUUUUUAUGGGACUGCAAUUAACAAGAUUACCUCUCACAUGCUCUUAUCUUCAUGAAACUGCAAACAGAAGUGUAGUUUUCCUGAUUUCAAGACAUGAAACUGAGGGUUCACAGUAUCACAGUAUUGCCAAGGUUGGAAGAGACCUCACAGAUCAUCAAGUCCAACCCUUUACCACAGAGCUCAAGGCUAGACCAUGGCACCAAGUGCCACGUCCAAUCCUGCCUUGAACUGCCCCAGGGACAGCAACUCCACCACCUCCCCGGGCAGCCCAUUCCAGUGUCCAAUGACUCUCUCAGUGAAGAACUUUCUCCUCACCUCCAGCCUAAAUUUCCCCUGGCACAGCCUGAGGCUGUGUCCUCUUGUUCUGGUGCUGGCCACCUGAGAGAAGAGAGCAACCUCCCCCUGGCCACAACCACCCCUCAGGUAGUUGUAGACAGCAAUAAGGUCACCCCUGAGCCUCCUCUUCUCCAGGCU